AUGGUAGGUUCCCCCCUGGGCUCCCUCUGUCUUCCCUCUUGUUGCCUCCAUUUCUCUGUGUCCUCCGCUUAGUAUUCUUUCUUGCUCCUCUUCGAUAAGGUGACGGUGUGUCCAUGGUCUUGUUGAUUAGGCGGAUGCGGACGUUGAUGUUGGAGCGGCGGGACAGCCCAAGAAGAGAACGUUCAAGAAGUUCUCCUUCCGCGGAGUCGACCUCGACCAACUCCUCGACAUGGGGACCGAUGAGCUCGUCAAGCUCUUCACCGCCCGCGCGCGAAGAAGGUGAGCGCGUCGGCCUCUCUUUUUUCCGACUGAUCUGGUCGAAGUUUUUGAAGUUUUUCUCUACAUGAUCCUCUUAUUUCACCUGCUGUUAUUUAUUUCCUCGGCGGAUCUCCCCUAAUCUCCGAUUCUCCUCGUGAACAUUCUGAAUCAGGUUCCAGAGAGGUCUGAAGAGGAAGCCCAUGGCUCUCAUUAAGAAGCUUCGCAAGGCGGUACGUACGAUUGCUCCAUGCCCAUUGGCCAGGCAACAUGCAGUAUUUAAUUUGGAGCUAUGUUUUAUUUCUUGUUUUUAUUGUGGGAUUGGUCUGUUACCAUGGGGAACGCUCUUCGAUGAGCUAUGGUCUGGUCCGAUUCCGACGAAAGAGAGGGGCGUCUGGAGGAGGAGGAUCUCAACACUUUGAUUUGGCGGCAGCCUGAUAAGGCCUGUGACCCUUAGAUUUUCCGUCAUCUUCUGGCUUUAAUAAGCUAUCAUCAGUGCCGUCGUUAUCUAGUUUGGCAGAAUUAGCUGUUCCAUACAUCUUGAUUAAGCGUAUUCAUCAUUGGAAAAAGAAAGCGUAGCUGACCUGGGUGUCUCCCUCAGUUUUCAAUUGUUUCUUCAGAUAAGUCCCUUCCAUCAGUGGAGGAUGAUGCAUUGAAGGAAUGAGAAAGCUGGCACCUAUUAGGGGAUCAUUAAUUGCUAUGCCCUAAGUCAAGAUGCAUUCUGUGUUCGUAUAUUUUUCUGUGAAAUUUCAUGAAAUAAGCAAUGGAUGAAAUCCGGAGAACACAGGAUAUAGGAAGAUUAUAGUGAAUGGAGGACGAUGAGGGCACAGGAAGAUUGUGACUCUACUAGGAGACUUGUUUCGGAAAUAUUUUUUUUUUCAAACAGAUAUUACCGUCAGCACACAUUCCACUGAUAUUGUUUUUAGCUGAUUAUAUCAUCGGAAAAACACCCAUGUGCCCUUCAGCUUGUGUCCAUUCAAACUCUCUGCAAGCGUGUUAUGUUGUGGAAUGUGGGCACAAUGAUGUAGGAAUUAUAAUGAAUGGAGGACGAGGAGGGCAGAUGAAGAUUAUGACUCUACUAGGAGAGUUGUUGAAGAAAUAUAAUUGUUGUCAGAUAUUGCCUUCAGCACACAUUUUAUGAAGAUUACAUUUAGCGGAUUGUAUCAUCGGAACGAUACCCAUGUGGCCCAUCAACACCCCUGUGUCCAUUCAGACUCCCUGCUGGCGUAUCAUGUUGUGGAAUGCGGGCACCAUGAUGGUUUUAUCUCGCGGAUUCAGCUUUUCUAAAGUUUUUAUCUAGAUUUCGACGCUCGUUUGGGUUUGAAGGCUAAUCCUUCGGAACAUCUGGUUGAUGGUUUUAGGCACAUCAGCCAGAUAUUCUGAGGGCUUUUACUAUUGGGGAUGGCCGUAAGCUCUCAAUGUCAGAGAGUACUGUUUGAUUGAAUCUAGGAACUACUUAGUGAUGUGGUAAUCGUCUGAUUGAUGCGUCCAGAACACGAAAAAUGCUCCGAGCGGAGGAAAGCUGCUUGUGUGGCUUUACCACACAAGCUUCUUGUUUGACUUUAUCACACAAUGCCUUCGGUGCCCUUUUGACUUUCAGUUUUCUUCCCACCUACGCAUUGGUUCUAAUGCUCAAAACCCCCCUUUCUGUCUCUCUUCUGUCUAGCUCUCUCUCUCUCUCUCUCUCUCUCUUUCUCUCUCUCUCUCUCUCUAUCAAGGUCAUUCUGUUUCUGUUUCGCUCAAGAGGAUUAUUAAUUCGAAAGGAGCAACGCUUGUGACUAAACGUUCUCUCUGCUUCGGCGUGGGAAUCACGCGGGCCCUAAAGUUGUUAACCCAUGGUCGCCACAUGAUCAUCUCUCUUGCAGAAACGUGACGCCCCGGCCGGGGAGAAGCCGGAGCCAGUGAGAACCCAUCUUCGCAACAUGAUCAUCGUGCCCGAGAUGAUUGGGAGCAUCAUCGGCGUCUACAAUGGGAAGACAUUUAACCAGGUGGAGAUCAAGGUAGGAGGCGGCUGCCCCUGAUUUUUUAGGGUUCUUGGAGGAUGAGAGAUUCUUCGCGCUUGUGAUCUUUUCUGUGUUGUCGGAUUGUGUUGAUUUGACAAUAAUCUUCGCAGCCGGAGAUGAUCGGGCACUAUCUGGCGGAGUUCUCGAUCAGCUACAAGCCGGUGAAGCACGGAAGGCCCGGUAUCGGAGCCACUCACUCUUCCCGGUUCAUCCCCCUCAAGUGA